CCAGCGGAGCCAUUCUAAACCCGAACCAGUCGCCAUUUUGUAAGAUAUUGAGAUUGAGUGGCAUGAUUAGUUCGUUGUGGACUUUAAAUUCGUGAAAAAUGUGUAGAUACGAUUAAAAUAUGGACUAAAUGGAUAUAAUAGUGUGAUAUUAAUAAUUGCGAAGAUAGUCAUUUUGUUGGUGGACUUCUCUGUGGAAGUAGUGUCUGUGAUAAAAGUGCAAAAUGACGACCGCAGAGGAAAUUAAGACGGAAUACACUUCAAGCUUGGCAGAUUUAACUUUCAAUAGCAAGCCCCUCAUUAAUAUGUUGACAAUGCUUGCUGACGAAAAUUUGCCAAAUGCCAGGGUCAUUGUUGAAGCUAUAGAAGAACAUCUGUCUAAGGUCUCAGCCGAUGUUAAACUACCAAUUCUAUACCUAAUCGACUGCAUAGUGAAAAACGUAGGACAAAGAUACACCAGCUUAUUUAGCCAGAACAUCGUAACGACUUUUUCCAGCGUAUUUAAAGUGGUGGAUGAAAAAACCAGAUCGGAGAUGUUCAAGCUUCGGCAGACAUGGAAUGACGUAUUUCCCCAAACAAAGCUGUAUGCGAUAGAUGUCCAGAUCAACAUGAUCGACCCUGCUUGGCCAGUCACUGCCCAACCGGCGAACAGUAUUCAUUUGAAUCCUAAGUUUUUAAAAGGGAAUACCCCUGCUAAACCGAAAUCAGCUAACGACGUGACAUCAGAUUUGAUGCUGAAACCCGGGAUGCCGUCACCGGAUAGAGAAACGUUGCUAAUGCAAGAGCAGCUUAUUCAAAAAAAGAAGGAGCUUUUGGAACUUCAAAGAAAGACGCUCGAACUGGAGGUGUUACAAACGCAGGUCAAACUGCAAGAACAAAUGAAAACUGGAGCUCCGCCAGUCAGUACGAAUAUACUUUUAAAACCGGAAGUCGCCAAACAAUUGAUUCCUGAUAUGGUGCCCAAAACAAAAGCACCUUUGGGUAAUUCUAUGAUGAACCAACGGUUACAAAACGCCUCUCAACCCCGAAUAAACCCCGUAAACCCGUCACUGGCCACGGCGAAACCAAUCAGGGAUCCCCGUCUACUACGGCAACAGCGCAUGUUACAACAACAACAGCAACAACAACAGGACCUCCAAAAGGCAGAGCCGGAACCGUCAGCCGCACCUACUACUACUAUACCAUCAUCACAAAAAUCUUCCCUAUUUGAAAACAAUAAAAAUCUAACCAGUAAACAAGGUGUAAGAGAUAUUCAUAAAGAUCCUCGUCUCUCAAACAAAACCGACAAAAAAUCCAAAACAUCCCCGAAAUCCUACCAAGCACCCCCUACGACUAAUCCCGAACCAGUUAAAAAUAACGAGAAUAGUCAGAAAGCUGACCGUUCGCCGGUUAAGUCUAAUUCUAGCGCAAGUUUCUCUAGUUCAAGUUCGAGUAGUCUAGAUUCGCCGACUAAAAGUAAGGUUAGGUCAGGUUCGAACAAGAACAAAAAACGCGAUAAAUCGGAAGACGCUUCUUCUGCUGUAAACAAACGGGGGAAAUUGUCUAAAAACGAUAAUGGUACGUUUAGUAGUAAAAAUUCUGACGACGGUUCUACUUUUAAAAGUGUCAAAACGUCGAGAAAUCGUAACUAUAUAAGGAGAAAUUUGCCAGAGAGUCCGGUGUUGCAGCAGGACCAAGAUUUGAGGACAUUGCCGUCGGUGAACGAUUCUCAGAGGGUUCAACAGAGUGAAACAGCUACAGAUCAACCACCAGAGGCACUAAAACCAAUGGAUGUCGAUCUAAGGCAGCUACCUCCAGCUAUAAGCAAAAAACGUUCUUCAAUCGAACCUGCUGAUCAACCAUCAAAGAAAAGUAAAAGUUUUGAUAUGCUAUUCGGUAACGAGGACACGGAUUUGAGGCAAUUACCUGUAACUGCGGAAAACAAAACUGCCGAACGACCUCCUACGCCUCCUCCUCCCAUAAUAUCAGCGAAAGAAACUGAACAGCUGAAUCAGAAAUCUCAAAAACCCGACCUAGAUGCUAUUCGGGCCAAACUAGCAAACGCCACCAAUCGCGAAAAAGUACUAUCAAAGUCAUUUAACAAAAAGAAACUCCUCGGGGAAUCUAUGGAAGACUUAGAUUUGCGAAAAAGCCUGUCGCCGAGUAUGAAGAGCAAAAUUAUGAUCUCGCCCGAGGAAGAGAAGGUUAUCAAGUCAGGCCACAUGACUAAAGAACAAGAAAAACAAUUCUUGAACAAGAUCUUCAUGCAGAUCGAAAAGAAUAAACUACGGGAAGCCCAGGAGAAAGAUAACGAGGAAUCCAGCCAUAACAUGUCGUUACAGCCAAUCAGUGACGAUGAGCUAUCAUUUGACGGCGAUGACGUGGAAGAACCACCCAAAGAUAAAGACAACAGAAACCUGCUACUCGAAAAUCGAGGCCUUACGGCGUUUAAUGAUAAAGAUGAGAGAUUUAGUGUGUCCCAAAUGCCUGUAAUUCCCCCGGAAGAAGAUAAUAUCGUGCCUCAACCAGUACAGUUUUAUCCUAGAGCUCUUCGACCUCCGUUUAGAGGGAUGAUGCAGUGGAGAGGUCGAGGCAGAGGAGUUAUGCCUCAAGCGGGUCUUCAACCAAGACCUCCUAUCAGACCGUGGUUGCACCAACAACCCAACUGGAGGAAUGCUAUGGGUGCGCCUCAUUGGCCUCAAGGUCCAGACUAUGGUGCUCCUGUCAUGGCCGAUGAUGAAGCAUCUAGAAGUCCCGGACAAGACGGAGCUUUACAAGAGUUCACAGUACUGCAGGAAGAAAUCAAGACUUUGAGUAUAGACGGCGUGCCGAGGGAUAUAAGGAUAUAUAAUGAUACCGCCGUGAUUUUCUUGAAUUGGGACGAUCCCCGGGAGAUAUCUUUUCAAACCGGCGUGCGACAUGUUUCCUUCAACAACCAGGAAACGUACCUUUUGUCUUUUGGAGAGGGUUAUAAAGAGUGCCUUAUUAACGGAUAUACAUUCAUGGUGAAACUAGGUGUCCCAAGUCGGGAAAUCUUUAUCAACGACGUGGGCUUCGAGUGCUUCUUCGGGGGAAACCCCAUCAACGUCACCGUCGGCGGAAUCAAUCUCAGCGUGAAGCUCGAAGGACCGCCGCCCCAAGUCAAAAUCGGCGAAGUGAAACGGACGGACCUAGUCGUGGGCAAGAUCAACCUCAUCAUCAACGCUAAGAUCAUCGUGCCCGUGUUUCUCGACGGCAAAGUGCAAAAAUUUGCUAUCGACGGCGUUCCCAGCACGUUAAAAUUUGUAGAUUCGUUGAAAAGAGUUUUAAUAAAUGAUGUUCCUUUUAACGUUGAAUUUGGUGGUCUUCCUAAACCCUUUACUGUCAACGGUAAAAAGCAUUUUAUCAGGUUUUCAGUGUUGCCCAAAGGAGUGAAGCCUGGGUCGGUGCGGAUCAGGGAUAUGGAGGGGGAGAACGGUGUGAGUCCUAGGAGGGAGGAGCCUGGUCACGUGACGUUGGUGGCCGGAGGGGAGGAGCCUGUUGGGUCGUCGGAGUUGGUUUCCAGGCCGAUGACAGGCUCCCUGUCGCCGGAUAAUAGGAGUAAUUCGCCCAACUUCUUCAGUAAUAUAUUGCAACCGUCUCUAAAUAAUUUCGACGUUAUCUCUAACGUUCUAUCUACCUCUCUAACACCCGCCACACCGAGUUCCGGCAGCUACCAAGUCGAAAUACCCGGCAUAGACGGUACCCAAACCCAGGACGGUACUCAACCUCAACAGCCUCCAACACCCCAAAUCCCACCGAUCAACAUCAACGAUCUUUUCGAAAAACUAGUCGCCUCAGGUUUCGUCAAAACCAGAGAAACCCAAAGUAAUGUACCUCAGAGCAACAACAUAGGGUUCAACAGUAAUGGAACUACAAAUAGUGUUGUACCUACCAUUCCAGAAUAUACGCCAACCGAGAAGAACAGUAUUAUAAAACCAACCAGAAGGACCGUAGUUGACGUAUUGAAACCUGUGACCUUUGCAAGGCCUGAAACGUUGAAAAUCCGACAGGCAGCGCUGUAUGCGAUGUUGUAUUCAGGCAUGCAAUGUUCGAGUUGUGGAAUGAGGUUUCCUCCGGAAGCCAGUAUGCUGUACAGCCAGCAUUUGGAUUGGCAUUUCAGGCAGAACAGGAAGGGUAAAAAGAAUGCCAGGGUUGCCAGUAGUCGAAGAUGGUACUACUCUUUGACGGAUUGGAAGAACUAUGAAGAGAUCGAAGAUCUAGAGGAAAGAGAAAAGAACUAUUUUGAUCAGCAGCAGCAGCAGCAAGCUGAGGUGGCUGAAGAAAAUGAGGAAGAGGUGGAAAUACCAACAGUACCAGCCGAUCCUGGAAGUACUGACGAAAUGUGCCAAGUGUGCAGGGACGCAUUUGAGCAGUUCUUCAAUGAAGAAAAGGAAGAAUGGCAUUUGAAGAAUGCGAUAAAAAUUGAUAACCAAACUUACCAUCCGGUUUGUUAUGAAGAUUAUCAGCAAUCUAUUUUGGAGUCGACCUUAGAGGAAAGCAAGCUUGAAGACGGCUCUUUACCUGCCCAAAACAAACUAAUUCCCGGCCUGGAAAUCAUUCUGGACGACGACGAUGAUGAGGAUGAAGUAUACGAACCUAGAACUCCCAAUGAAGUUGUGUCUCUUGAGGAAAGUGAUGAAUCAAAAACACUAGAUGACGAGAAGAGUAAAGAAGAUGUACCCAAAGAAGACGCCCUUGUUGAGGACGAGGAUGACGAUGACGUUAUAUUAAACGAAGUGGCCCCUAUUAAGAUUGUCGUUGACGACGACGACGAUGACGAUGUCGCAACUGCCAAUAAAGAAGCUUUCAGUCAGCCGGUUCGAACGAAAAAAGAAAAACACGUGGACGAUGACGGGUUCGUUGAUGUCGGCGAAGGAUUCGUCAGUUUGAACAAAGUCGGGCAAAUCAAAAUCAAAAGCGAACCUAUGGACGAAGAUGAUAUUCAGACAACACCGUUAGACUCCAGCGACAUCACGAACACCUCCAACCUUACCGCCGAUAAAGAGUCAUCUGAACCCGAACCGGCAACACCGAUCCAGGCCGAACCGGUGACGUCACACCCCCAAAUGAUCUCGUCGAUGGACGGCAACGUGGAACUGUCCAGCGCGCCUUUGGUCACGCCCACCACCAUCGCUAGCGGCGCCAGGAUCAAAAUAAACAUUUCAAAAUCUCUGCCUGUGAUAACUCCUAAAGAGUCUAGUGAGCCUAGUGUUAAUAGUGAACUCGAAUCGAACGUUGCCAAGAGCGACGCCGUUGUGGAAGAACCGGAAAUUGUGCAUUUUAAGCCCUCGUUGAAAGAGGUUAAGUUGAAGAAAAUGCCCGCGGUCAAGAAAGGUAACGAAUUGACUGGUUUGUGCUCUAUAAUGUGAAAUUAUUUAUCUUAUUUUUUUAUGUAUGUAUGUAUGUACAGAGGAAUACGAGCGUGUAUAUAAAUAAGUAGGAGAAUACAUCCUCGGUACCUUUCCUUGUUCCAUUUUAAUUUUCCAUUCUUGGAUCUUUAUUGUUUUACCAUUUUUGAUACUUCUUAAGAAAUGAACGACAAGCUGUAUAUUUAAAUUAUCUGUAAAUCUUUGAAAAUCGAAGCAAUUUUAUGAACAUUUGUAUAUAAGAAUUAUUUAUUAUGAAAAACUGAACAGUUUUUGAAUUGUUUCUUUGUUUUUACAAAGAAUUGUUGUGAAUUUUGUUGAAAUAAAAACUACUUUUUAUUAA